UUUUUUUGUGUGUGUCGGUCCACUACCUUUUAUUUGCGCACUUUUGUUAUAAUGCACGGCUCUACCACCUCGGUCGUACUGUUUUAGUAUAGAAUAGAACCAUUUGUAUGUCUUUUCGAAACCCCACGACAUUACUAUUGCCAUGUUCAUCUUGUAAGUGAGCAAGCUUUAUCAGUAGCUCCGGUUGAUGUUGUUCGUAGAUUAUUAUUUUUUUUGUUUCGCCGCUUUUAUUUUACUCAAGAUCGACAGUCGCCUACUAGUGCAAAAUAUGCUUAGUGUGCUUGUGCAAAACAUGUACAAUUUGUUACGACAAAUUAUAGCGCUCGCAUCAAACCCGAUCCUAUUUAUGUGUCGGAAAAUGAUGAAAAGAUGCUGCCUAAUGGAGCAUAGUGACACAUUUUUGUUUGCCUAAAUCUACAUCUGUUCCUGUCGACGAAAGAGUGGUAGUGAAAUCUUCUGGUACGAGGUGUCACGCCCUCCCUAUCAAGUCCUGUAUGUCAUGACCACGACCACGACCACCAACAGAAGGGAAAGGCUGCUCCUGUCUUCAAGUUUAGAAAAACAAGCACAAGUUACACCAAGAGUGCAAAUACUCCUGGGGUACCUUCUGCCGCGUCAACUGCGUGUUUCUGUCCUGGAUAUAUUCAUUUACAUGACAGCCCGUAUAUACUGAUGUAUAUCUUUUGCACUGAUAACUUGCUCUUUACAACUAAUUCUUCUGUUUUAGUUUGACAGAAAUUACAUUUAGUUUUACAUUGUAAUUUUGGAUUUGAAAAUUUUGAUUAGCAUUUUUUGUUUUUUUUUUGUGUGCGGUCGCUACUGUACAUGUUUUAAGAAUGUACAUGCACAGUUGUCAAUGACCUCAUUCUUUCUAUAUUGUAUCCAACUAUUUGCCGACUAAAGGCUUCAAGAUUAACGUAGACUGCAAUACUAUGUUCCGUAUAUUACCACGGCUGUAUAGUGGUUAGUUCGUGGUAUGCGGCUGUUCCAGUAUACCACCCUUCUUUGUGUGGAGCUCAUCAGGUGGUUUUUAGAAAUUCUCUUGGUAUCUAUCACAUGACCUGCAGCAUUGCCACUAAACAGUUUACAAGGCAGGACAAAAGGAGGUGGCCAAGCUGCAGAAGCAUCUGGCCCUGCUGAGGCAGGAGUACGUGAAGAUGCAGCAGAAACUGGCCGACACCGAGAGACGCUGCACUGUCCUUGCUGCUCAAGUGUCUGUCCAAGGCCCCACCAGCCCAGCAUCCGGAGACACAUUUAUUAGCCGUCUUCUGGACAUUGUGUCAGACCUGUAUCAGCAGGAACAAUACAGUGAUUUGAAAGUGAAAAUUGCAGGGAAUAAUCUCAGUGCUCAUAAGUUUGUACUAGCUGCUCGGAGUGAUGUCUGGAGUCUCACUAAUAUGGCCACCACCUCGGAACUGGACCUAUCUGAUUGCAAACCUGAGGUUGCUAUGGCAAUGUUGCGCUGGGCAUACACCGAUGAGUUGGAGCUGAGUGAAGAUGACGCCUUUCUCAUUGACUUGAUGAAGUUGGCCAACCGAUUUCAGCUCCAGCUGCUCAGAGAAAGGUGUGAAAAAGGUGUCAUGUCCUCAGUGAACGUCAGGAACUGCAUUCGCUUCUAUCAAACAGCCGAGGAGCUAAAUGCCACGACUCUGAUGAAUUACUGUGGAGAGAUCAUAGCCAGUCACUGGGAUGAUCUGAGGAAAGAAGAUUUCAGCACCAUGAGCGCCCAACUUUUGUACAAGAUGAUAAAGUCUAAAACGGACUACCCUCUCCACAAAGCCAUCAAAGUUGAGCGAGAAGAUGUGGUUUUCCUCUAUCUCAUUGAAAUGGACUCUCAGUUGCCGGGCAAGCUGAAUGAACUGGACAACAACGGAGAUCUAGCUCUAGACUUGGCACUGUCCCGGAAAUUGGAAAGUAUAGCCACCACUUUGGUUAACAACAAAGCAGAUGUGGAUAUGGUGGACCAGAGUGGAUGGAGUCUUCUGCAUAAGGCAAUCCAAAGAGGUGAUGAAUUUGCCUCCAUCUUCCUUAUUCGUCACUCAGCUCAGGUCAACGCCGCCACUGUGGGAGCGGUGGAAACCCCUCUUCACCUCGUUUGUUCUUUCAGCCCCAAGAAACACUCGACAGAAGUGAUGAGUGGCAUGGCACGGAUUGCAGAAGCUCUGCUCAAGGCAGGAGCCAACCCCAACAUGCAGAACAGCAAGGGCAGAACUCCCUUACAUGAAGCUGUGGCUUCUGGGAAUGAGCCAGUGUUCACUCAACUACUACAGUGCAGACAGCUUGACCUGGAGCUGAAAGACCAUGAGGGCAGCACAGCUUUGUGGUUGGCUUUGCAGUAUAUCACCAUGUCUUCAGACACCUCCGUAAAUCCAUUCGAUGAUGAUGCUCCAGUUGUGAACGGCACUUCAUUUGAUGAGAACAGCUUUGCGGCACAAUUAAUCCUGAGAGGGAGCAAUGCAGACGCGCCUGACGCAUCUACAGGAAACUGCCUAAUGCAAAGAGCAGCUCGAGCUGCCAAUGAGGCAGCCGCUCUUUUCCUAGCCACUCAUGGGGCAAAAGUCAACCAUAUUAACAAAUGGGGAGAAAGCCCUCUUCAUACAGCAUGCCGCUUUGGCCUUGCGAACCUUACAGCAGAGCUCCUCCAGCAGGGGGCCAACCCCAACCUGCAAACCCUCAAGGCUCUGCCUGAUGACACCCUUGGUGUGGCUACACAGACCCCCCUCCACAUGGCCAUUGCUCACAACCAUCCAGAUGUGGUCUCUGUCAUCCUUGAGCAAAAAGCAAAUGCACUUCAUGCCUCCAAUAAUUUCCAAAUCAUUCCAGACUUCAGUCUCAAAGACUCUUUGGACCAAACAGUAUUGGGCUUGGCCCUAUGGACAGGUAUGCACACCAUUGCUGCUCAGCUACUGGGCUCAGGAGCUUCUAUCAAUGACACCAUGUCCAAUGGACAAACCUUACUUCACAUGGCCAUCCAAAGACAAGACAGCAAGAGUGCCCUUUUCCUUCUUGAGCACCAGGCAGACAUCAAUGUUAGGACCCAGGAGGGGCAAACAGCACUGCAGUUGGCCAUCAGUAACCAGCUGCCACUAGUAGUGGAUGCUAUUUGCACAAGAGGAGCUGAUAUGUCCGUCAUGGAUGACAAAGGGGACCCUCCAUUAUGGCUCGCUCUGGAGAAUGGCCUGGAGGAUAUUGCGUCCACGCUGGUUCGCCAUGGCUGUGAUGCGACAUGUUGGAGCAAAGGCCCUUCUGGCUGCCAACAGACCCUCCUGCACAGAGCCGUUGAUGAGAACAAUGAGGUCUCGGCUUGCUUUCUCAUCCGCAGUGGUUGCGAUGUGAACAGCCCGAGGCGGCCAGGCCCAAAUGGCGAAGGAGAAGAAGAAGCCCGAGAUGGCCAAAUGCCUCUCCACCUUGCAAGCAGCUGGGGACUGGAGGAGGUAGUGCAGUGCCUUCUAGAGUUUGGAGCUAAUGUGAAUACGCAGGAUGCAGAGGGUAGAACUCCUAUCCAUGCUGCCAUUAGCAGCCAGCACAACAUAAUUAUACAGCUCCUGAUUUCCCACCCAGACAUCCGUCUUAACAUACGUGACCGCCAAGGGAUGACACCCUUUGCCUGCGCCAUGACGCACAAGAACAACAAGGCAGCAGAAGCGAUCCUCAAAAGGGAGUCAGGUGCUGCUGAACAGGUUGACAAUAAAGGGCGUAAUUUCCUCCAUGUGGCGGUGCAAAAUUCAGAUAUCGAAAGUGUUCUGUUCCUCAUUAGUGUACAAGCUAAUGUGAACUCCAGGGUUCAGGACGCUGCCAAACUCACCCCUCUCCACUUGGCUGUGCAAGCUGGGUCUGAGAUCAUUGUCCGAAACCUGCUGCUUGCUGGGGCCAAAGUAAAUGAGCUGACCAAACACCGGCAGACCGCCCUGCAUUUGGCUGCUCAACAAGACUUGGCCACCAUUUGCUCUGUGCUCUUGGAGAAUGGCAUUGACUUUGCUGCUGAGGAUGAGAAUGGCAAUAACGCUCUUCAUCUGGCAGUGAUGCAUGGCCGCCUUAACAAUAUCAGAUCCCUUCUCACGGAGUCCAACAUCGAUGCUGAGGCCUUUAAUCUCAGGGGUCAGUCACCAAUGCACGUUUUAGGCCACUACGGUAAAGAAAACGCUGCUGCCAUUUUUGAGUUGUUCCUGGAGUGUAUGCCCGAAUACCCUUUGGACAAGCCAGAUAAUGAAGGGAAUACAGUUUUGCUCCUGGCCUAUAUGAAAGGAAACGCUAACCUGUGCCGUGCCAUUGUGAGGGCUGGUGCUCGCCUGGGAAUAAAUAAUAAUCAGGGCAUCAACAUUUUCAACUACCAAGUAGCAACUAAACAGUUGCUUUUCCGCCUUCUUGAUAUGCUGUCCAAAGAGCCGCCUUGGUGUGAUGGGUCCAAUUGCUAUGAAUGCGUUGCCAAGUUUGGAGUUACAACAAGGAAACAUCACUGCCGUCACUGUGGACGCCUCUUGUGCCACAAGUGCUCUAUAAAGGAGAUACCCAUCAUCAAGUUUGACUUGAACAAGCCAGUGAGGGUGUGUGACAUCUGCUUUGACGUACUAACUCUAGGUGGAGUGUCAUAAUGCAGCAGCCUGGAUAUUCCCCACCUGCUCAUGCUGGCCAGGCCCCGCGGGGCCCAACUUAGCAGUUAAUGGGUCCAUCACAAGGGACAUCAGUAGCAGGACAUACUAACAAGAGUAGUUGGGUCAAUUCUGGACCACUGUCUUUGUACUACUCCAGCCUUGUGAAAAAGCAUUCAUGUUUUAGCGGGACAUUUAUUCAUUUUGUCGUGCAAAGUGUCAAAUAAAUAUAAAUGAAUAAAAAGCAGUUUAGCGACUGCUGGACUGAGGUAACUUCUUAAGCUCAAUGAUUAGCUAAUUUUCAAAAACAUAGUUGCUUCUUACGGCCGUUGCAUUUCAAUGAUAAACAUCUUAAUUAGCCAAAUGCUGUGGAGCUUAUGCUACAUCACCUGCCCAGAGACAAAUGUUUGAUGCAACAUUUAUACACUCACGCCAUCAAAACCAGUGUCCCCUUAUCAAACAAAAUCAGAAUCACGAGAUGAAUUGAACUCUUUCUUUUGUGACUGUGUAUUGUAUUCCCUGGAUACAUUCAUUAUUAAAUCAAAUACACAUUGUUAGACUGAAGCAUAACAUGAACAUUUCAGUUUCACUUGUGUGGUGAAAAAAAUGGCACAAGUGGCCAGAAAUAUGAAAUCAUUGGUGAAAGGGAUGUUUGAACCAUUAUUGAUACAUUAUUAGUAUGACAAGCAACCUUGUAUGCCUCUGCAUGUUAUAUAAUUUGUAGCAUUUCAGGACCAUGUUUUUUUUUUUUUAAUAAUCAGUCAGAAUAUGAGUACAUUCCAGUUUUGACUUGGCCAUGUGGUCCUUGUCAGUUGUGAUGACCGUCCCCACGAUGAUGCCUCAAGUUGUCUUGACCUGACACAUUUACCACUUUUUUUUAAUUUUUUUUUUUAUAAGCCUAACAGGUGCACUUUACAAAGAUCAUGUGACAUGGCCGAUGGUUUGGGGGAAUGAGAAUGAUGGGGAUGGCCGAUUAGUGUUGCCUCUUUAAGUAUUGUUAAAGUGUACAGAUAAGUGUGAUAUUUUUGACCACUGCUAGCAUUUUUGUACUUAAUGCAGUUUGUGAUUGUCAUUGUGACAGACUUAAAUCUUGCCUCUGUUAAUCUUUUAUGCACAUUGUAAAAUCUUUUAUGCACAUUGUAUAUCUGUAUGCUCAGAUAUCUAGCCCAUCUCUUCUGAGUGUAUCCUUUUAGAGAAAGGAAGAACAACUUUGCAUAAAGGUCAUUUAAAACAAACAA